GUAGCCGGGGAGGGAUGGAGAGCGGGCCGGCGGGGCUGCAGGAGCACCGGCGUGGGGCGUAGGCGGGCGCGAGCGGGCGUGAGCAGGCGCUCGGGCGCGAGAAGUGUGCGGGCGCAGGAGCACUUUGCGAUAGGAUGAGGCUCUUGGCUGGCGCGCGGUAGUACUAUGAUUUGGUAUGUGGCCACUUUGAUAGCAAGUGUGAUCAGCACCCGAGGUCUUGCGGCUCAAGCUGCCCACGGCCUUCGAGAGGAGCCUGAGUUUGUUACUGCGAGAGCCGGUGAGGGCGUGGUCCUGCGAUGCGAUGUGAUUCACCCAGUGACGGGACAGCCCCCACCCUAUGUCGUGGAGUGGUUCAAGUUUGGGGUGCCCAUCCCUAUCUUCAUCAAGUUUGGCUACUAUCCCCCUCAUGUGGACCCUGAGUAUGCAGGCCGGGCAAGUCUUCAUGAUAAAGCAUCCCUGCGACUGGAGCAGGUUCGCUCUGAGGACCAGGGCUGGUACGAGUGCAAAGUGCUCAUGCUGGACCAACAAUAUGACACCUUUCACAAUGGUAGCUGGGUCCACCUUACCAUCAAUGCUCCUCCCACCUUUACGGAAACACCCCCCCAGUACAUCGAGGCCAAGGAGGGCGGCAGUGUUACCAUGACCUGCACAGCUUUUGGGAACCCCAAGCCCAUUGUCACCUGGCUGAAGGAGGGGACACUCCUAGGUGCUAGUGGGAAAUACCAGGUGAGUGAUGGCAGCCUGACGGUGACAUCGGUCAGUAGGGAGGACAGAGGUGCCUACACCUGUCGCGCAUACAGCAUUCAGGGGGAGGCUGUUCAUACCACCCACCUGCUUGUCCAAGGGCCUCCCUUCAUCGUUUCCCCUCCUGAGAACAUCACUGUCAACAUAUCCCAGGAUGCUCUGCUCACCUGCCGGGCAGAGGCGUAUCCCGGCAACCUUACCUACACCUGGUAUUGGCAGGACGAGAACGUCUACUUCCAGAAUGACCUGAAGUUGAGAGUGCGGAUCCUGAUCGAUGGGACCCUGAUCAUCUUCCGGGUGAAACCUGAGGAUGCAGGGAAAUACACCUGUGUUCCUAGCAACAGCCUGGGGCGCUCCCCUUCUGCCUCAGCAUACUUAACUGUGCAGUAUCCAGCCCGUGUCCUCAACAUGCCCCCUGUCAUCUACGUGCCCGUGGGAAUUCACGGCUAUAUCCGAUGCCCUGUGGAUGCAGAGCCACCAGCCACCGUGGUCAAGUGGAACAAAGAUGGCCGCCCCCUGCAGGUUGAGAAGAACCUGGGUUGGACCUUGAUGGAGGAUGGCUCUAUUCGGAUUGAGGAGGCCACAGAGGAGGCUCUUGGCACUUACACCUGUGUGCCUUACAACACCUUGGGGACCAUGGGCCAGUCUGCUCCUGCACGGCUUGUCCUGAAGGACCCCCCGUAUUUUACGGUGCUACCAGGCUGGGAGUAUAGGCAGGAGGCUGGCCGGGAGCUGCUUAUCCCCUGUGCUGCUGCAGGGGACCCUUUCCCUGUCAUCACUUGGAGAAAGGUAGGGAAGCCCAGCAGAAGCAAGCACAAUGCCCUGCCCAGCGGGAGUCUCCAGUUUCGAGCCCUGAGUAAGGAGGACCACGGGGAGUGGGAGUGCAUCGCCACCAACGUGGUCACCAGCAUCACUGCCAGUACCCACCUGACCGUCAUCGGCACCAGCCCCCAUGCCCCGGGCAGUGUCCGGGUCCAGGUCUCCAUGACAACUGCCAACGUGUCCUGGGAGCCAGGCUAUGAUGGAGGAUUCGAGCAGACAUUCUCAGUUUGGUACGGACCUCUGAUGAAGCGGGCACAGUUUGGGCCCCAUGACUGGCUAUCUUUGCCAGUGCCACCGGGACCCAGCUGGUUGCUAGUGGAUGCCCUGGAGCCUGAGACAGCAUACCAGUUCAGCGUCCUGGCCCAGAACAAGCUGGGAACGAGCGCCUUCAGUGAGGUGGUCACUGUGAACACUUUAGCAUUCCCUAUCACAACUCCAGAACCCCUGGUGCUGGUUACCCCACCGAGGUGCCUCACAGCCAAUCGGACCCAGCAGGGUGUGCUCCUGUCUUGGUUACCCCCUGCCAAUCACAGCUUUCCCAUUGACCGCUACAUCAUGGAAUUUCGUGUCGGGGAACACUGGGAGACGUUAGAUGGUGCCAUCCCGGGCACUGAUGGAGACUUCUUUGCCAAGGAUCUGUCACAGGACACCUGGUACGAGUUCCGGGUUCUGGCCGUCAUGCAGGAUCUGAUCAGUGAGCCCAGCAACAUUGCCGGUGUCUCCAGCACAGACAUCUUCCCACAGCCGGACCUGACCGAUGAUGGGCUAGCUCGGCCUGUGUUGGCUGGAAUCGUAGCUACCAUCUGCUUCUUGGCAGCUGCCAUCCUGUUCAGCACUCUGGCCGCCUGCUUUGUCAACAAGCAGCGCAAGCGUAAGCUCAAGCGCAAAAAAGAUCCUCCACUCUCCAUCACUCACUGCAGAAAGAGCUUGGAGUCUCCCCUGUCAUCUGGCAAGGUGAGCCCUGAGAGCAUCCGCACUCUCCGGGCCCCAUCGGAGUCCUCUGAUGACCAAGGCCAGCCAGCAGCCAAGAGGAUGCUGAGUCCCACCCGGGAGAAAGAGCUGUCAUUGUACAAGAAGACCAAGAGGGCCAUCAGCAGCAAGAAGUACAGCGUGGCCAAGGCUGAGGCUGAGGCUGAGGCCACGACACCCAUUGAGCUCAUCAGCAGAGGCCCUGAUGGCCGCUUUGUGAUGGAUCCCUCUGAGAUGGAGCCCUCGAUGAAGAGCAGGCGCAUUGAGGGCUUUCCCUUUGCCGAGGAGACGGACAUGUACCCUGAGUUCCGCCAGUCAGAUGAGGAGAACGAGGACCCGCUGGUGCCCACAUCUGUGGCUGCCUUGAAGUCCCAGCUGACCCCUCUGUCAUCCAGCCAGGAGUCCUACCUGCCACCACCAGCAUACAGCCCUCGGUUCCAGCCCCGUGGGCUGGAGGGCCCCGGCGGCCUGGAAGGUCGGCUCCAGGCCACAGGCCAAGCCAGACCUCCCGCCCCCCGGCCCUUCCACCAUGGCCAGUAUUAUGGGUACCUCAGCAGCAGCAGCCCUGGGGAGGUGGAGCCACCGCCCUUCUACAUGCCAGAAGUGGGCAGCCCCUUGAGCUCUGUCAUGUCCUCCCCACCCCUGCAUACUGAGGGGCCUUUUGGCCACCCCACCAUUCCUGAGGAAAACGGAGAGAACGCUUCCAACAGCACGCUGCCCUUGACUCAGACACCCACGGGAGGGCGCUCCCCUGAGCCCUGGGGUCGGCCAGAAUUCCCCUUUGGGGGACUGGAAACCCCGGCCAUGAUGUUUCCCCACCAGCUGCACCCCUGUGACGUAGCCGAGAGUCUGCAGCCCAAGGCUUGCCUCCCUCGAGGACUGCCCCCCACCUCCCUGCAGGUGCCCGCGGCCUACCCGGGCAUCCUGUCUCUGGAGGCGCCCAAGGGCUGGGCAGGCAAGUCGCCGGGCAGAGGCCCCGUCCCAGCACCGGCCUCCGCUAAGUGGCAGGACAGACCUAUGCAACCUCUGGUGAGCCAAGGGCAGCUAAGACAUACCAGCCAAGGUAUGGGCAUACCCGUGUUGCCUUACCCCGAGCCGGCUGAGCCGGGGGGGCACAGCGGCCCCAGCACAUUUGGCCUGGACACCCGGUGGUACGAGCCCCAGCCCCGGCCCCGGCCCAGCCCCCGGCAGGCCAGGCGCGCCGAGCCCAGUUUACAUCAAGUGGUGCUACAGCCCUCCCGGCUCUCGCCUCUGACCCAAAGUCCCCUGAGCUCCCGCACCGGCUCCCCUGAGCUUGCCGCCCGGGCCCGGCCCCGCCCGGGCCUCCUGCAGCAGGCAGAAAUGUCGGAGAUCACCCUGCAGCCACCAGCCGCUGUCAGCUUCUCUCGCAAGUCCACGCCAUCCACCGGCUCCCCUUCCCAGAGCAGCCGCAGCGGGAGCCCCAGCUACCGGCCCACCAUGGGCUUCACCACUCUGGCCACAGGCUACCCCUCCCCUCCGCCAGGCCCUGCAGGGCCUGCGGACAACCUGGAUGUGUUUGGACAGACGCCUUCCCCUCGAAGGAUGGGGGAGGAGCUGCUCAGACCAGAGCCCCCCCCACCGCCAUUACCUACUUCAGGAACACAUCCACCUGCACCUGGGCAUGCUGCUGCACCUGAGAGGCUGGAGGCUCUGAAAUACCAACGGAUAAAGAAGCCCAAAAAGUCAUCCAAGGGCUCUUCGAAGUCAAAGAAACGAUCCGACGGUUCUGCCUCCCAGGCUCAGCAGCUUCCAGACUCCCAGGUUCUGUGGCCCGAUGAAGCCGUCUGCCUCCGAAAGAAGAAGAGACACUCUCGGCCUGACCCUUUUGCCCGCCUCUCAGACCUGUGCCACCGCCAGCUUCCAGAAGACCAGACGGCGAUUCUCAACAGCGUGGAUCAUGAUGACCCUGGCCAUGCCACCCUGCUGUGACACGACACAACUCUAAGUGUUCCCUGAGUGGCAGUGCUGGGCUGAGGGGCAAGGGAGGAUGAGGGUGUGCCAGCAGGCGGGCAGUUUCUGGGGCUGCUCUGACCUUUGUUCUGUUCAUUUUGCCUCUGGCCAGAGUGGAACCUCUGAAUCCUGGCCAUCCGGUCUCACUUUCAGAACAGAAGGCCAGGGGCAGACCUCUAGGUAGAGAUCAGAAAGUGAACCAGGGACAGGGAGAGAUCUGCCUCCUUCCCACCUCUCCCCUCUUCCCUGGCUUGAUUUUUCUCACCUCUUCAAAUAUCUUUGGAAGUGAAGAAGGGGAAAGCAAUGGCUUUUACUGCUCUCUGCUUGUGUUUCAGUUUCUCAAAUCCUGGAAGAGGGCUGGACUUCCAUCCCAUCUUCCAAAUCUACAUAUAUAUAGAUAUAGAUACAAAUGCAUAUGUAUGUAGUUUGUGGGCUUCUCUAUGUAUAUAUAUGUACAUUGAAGCAAAGUGCUGUUUAUUUCUGUGGUCAGUGAAGGAAGGAGGUAGAGGGCAGCAGACUGCUGGGGUUUGUGAGUAGGACUGGCUGAGAGCCAGCUGGGCAUCUGAUAUCCGUCCUGGGUAUUCUUCCUUCUGAAACAGGAUUCAUGGCUUCUCAGCUGAACUCUACCUUCUCCUGUCCAGAGCAGAAAUGGGUCUUCCAAUGCUUUCUAGCUGCCUGCUUUGGGGGUUCAGCAAUGAGUUACCACAGAACUAAACACAAGCCUUUAUUUCUUGGUUCCUGCGUGAAGAAAGGGUAGCCAGCAAAGGGCCAGACUGGCAUCUUUCUUCCUUCCACAGUUUGUCCCAUGCUGCGGAAGUAGAAGCUGCUUAGCAGUGGGGCCAAGAAGCAGGUCCUGAUGCACAAACUCGAGCUGAUUCGUCAGUCCCCUUUGGUCCAGCCAGGGCCAGAAGCCCUGUGGCCAAAGGGCUUCCCGUUCUGGAGCCAUCUGUUCUGAACACCAAGCUGCCGCGGCUCUAUUUAUAUCCUGCCUCUGGCUCGGCACCCUCUGGAGCGCUGCUCCAAAGGCACUGAUUGGAUUCCUCCUUUCCUUUUGUGGGAGCUAAUUCCCCAGAUUGAUUAAUUGCCACUUGUGGGGAGCCUGCCUGCGUCUCCUUUCCAUCUCUCCACAUGCUGCCUGCAGACUCUUCUUUGCCCUGGGCCCUCCUGCAUUCCGUGGACCCAAGCUCCAACAGGAUGGGAUCACAUGAAGCUAGGGUGCCUCAGAUUUCCAGAUUCUGGGGCAACUCUGGAUCCCCUCUCUUCCCUCAGUUUUAUUUCUGUGGAACUGGCUGAGGCAAAGGGAUGAAGGUAGAAGGGUGAUAGGUAGGGGCCUGGGUUCUGGUCCUUUUUCUGCCAAAAUCUUGUCCUAGUUCAAACUAUUAGCACCCAGAAGCUUCUUUGCACUCAUCUUACAGUGACUAAAGAUGCAUCUCCAGUAAGAUAAUGGUGCUGCCCAAGAGCAGGACAGAAGGUCCUGAAGAUGGAUAGGGGUGCAUCUGCUCUUUCCCUUCUUCUUAUGCAGGAGCCUGUGUUCUGACUACCUGGGAAUAAAGGUGGCUGUCAGGUUCCUUGAAGUAUUUCCUUCUUGGUGCUGUUGUCUUGGUGGGUUUGGGGACAUCUACCUCUCCCCAGUUACCUGCUUGGAUGUUGGCCAGGUCAAAGAUCUAGAGGCUUCUGCUGGUCUCACUGCAGUUGCUACUGGUUUAGCCCACAUGACCUCAGCAAGGGGGGCUCUGAGAGCUGGGGAGCUUCUCCCUGCUGGGAACUUCCAUCUUAGGGAAUGGAUUCUUCUCUGCCACACAAGCCCCGGUGCUUCCUUUCUCUUGCCUAGAGAGUGGGGACCAACUCCACUUUUGGGGUCUGGCUACAUGCCACAUAACCAUGGUUCCUUUCUAAGGGCAGUGAGUCAUGGUGACAGAGGUGGGAGAGGGCAGUUUCUGGCCCUCAUCUUGUUGACUGCCCCACUGCUCUGGACUGGGCCUUGCACCCUUGGGGUGGAGCCUCGACCUUCUGGCCAAUGCACUUCUCCUGGCAUCCAAGACCACUUUACCACCAGGUGGCAGUUCCAGCAAAACAGAAAAGCAGAGGUCGGGUGACUGUCUGCUUUUCAGAGGCAGCACUACCUCUGCCACUGUGCCCGAUAAGUGACUCACUGAGUACCUCUCCUAGGGCAUGCAGGGAAUGGACAUGGGUCUCAUACCAAGUCAGUUUGAACCCUCUCUGGGCAUGUUGUUUGCCAACCAGGGUGGAUCCUGGAUGAAAUGUGAAUGUGGGAUGCCAGGGCUGAAGGACUUCAGGGUGAAUUGGGCCAAUCUUUCUGAGCCCUGCGCUUGGAAUUCUAGGUCCUGAGCUUACAGAAGAGGAGAAGAUGGGGUGGAAGGCUUUGCCAUUUUAGGGUGUCCUACAAGACUGAGAGCCUAUCUCUGGGCUGAGGUGCCUCAGACUACAGCUGUGCUUUCCCAAGUGAGCCAUCUCCAGGGACCCCCAGUGAGCCAUAUCCAGGGCUAACAAAGGUGCUGACUCCUGUCUUCUCUUCUUCCUCUGGCAGUGCACCUUACCUCAGUGCAUCAGACCAAAUGGUUGGAGCUGUGCUUUUUUGCUGGCCACUGAGUGGCAACUAUGCUGGGACAUCCCUAAGGCUAGGGAAAGGACACAUAGCCAACUUAACCUUUUGACAGCCUCACACUCAUUUCUCCUCCUAAGAGGGCUUCCUUCUUGUGACAGUGUCCUUGAAGGCCAGCAGCCUCUCUGCAGCCCUGGGAGCUAUUUCAGUCCUUCCUUUAAGGGCUGUGGUGGAAAUUGGCAGAAUACAGUCCCCUUUGUCCCUCUGAUGGAGGGUAAAGAUGUCACAGGCACAUGCUUCCGUGCUGGGUGUGUGUGCAUGCGUGUGAGGGCGUGGUUGUGAACAUGUGCAUGAUGGGGGUAUAGCCUUUUCUUGGGACCAAAUGUCCUUUGUACUCUGCACUUGAACAAUGGCGAUGUGCACUUUUGAGCUUCCUAGGACUUUCGUGCUCCACUCUGUGGGUGAUCAAACGUCCUCCAGACUUCCUCUUUUAUGGUCUGGUAGCUUUGCAGAAGAAGCAACUCAGAUAAAAACCUAUUCUUGUGUCUCAGACUUUUGCCUAUCCAUUCAUUCCACACCUUGACUGGAAACUGAUUGUUUCAGGGUUAGGUGAUUCUCAGACCAGGGAAAGGAUUAAAUGAUUCUCAGAGGAGUCUGAGGCUGAAAGCACUUAGGGGGAUCUGAGACUACAAUUGUUUGAGGGAGAAUAAAUUAGCAAUAAGGAGAAGGUGAAUCCUGUUUCUUGAUUGCUGGCUGACCACACUGAGUGGGUUUCAUGGCUUGUGUGGGGCCUUGUGUGUGUAUCAUUGUUUGUGGCCCAGCUCAGCACAUGCUGGUGAGCCCUGCCGCCAUAUCUCCCUUGUGACUUUCCUUGAGAGAUGGGGGGUAUGAGAGGCCUUGGGAGAUUCCACUUUCUCUAUAGGCAGUCUGCUUCAUCCCACAGGGCUGGUGAGGUCUGUGCCCCAUUUAGAAGAGGGGCCUAUGUCCCAUGAUCAUGCUUUAGGGGGCAUCUCAAGCAGGGGUAGACUGGGGUGAGUAAUUAUUAAUAUUUUUCAGUGCUCUCUGUCUUUAUUUUGAUUUGGGAUCUAAAAUUUUUAGGAUUAAACUGAUUCCAGUUGUUU